AUGUAGCAUAGGCAGUCCCUCCUUUCGUCCCUCUUCCUUCUCUUUCCUCCGUCUGAACCUCUCUUGUCACUUCGUUUUAAUUACUGUAGGGGACGAUGGUUGCUGUGAAGGAGGGAUCUACGCAGUUUGUUCAGUUUUGCAUCCAGUUCUCCAGCCUAGCAUUGCUGUACUAUGAUUACAUCUUAACCUUCCCACUCGAGCUGCAGUACAUGUGGCGGAAGAAAGUGAUGGUGUCGACGGUGCUCUACUGUUUCUGUCGAUAUGCCCUUCUCGCGAACUUGUUCUACCUCUUCGCAAUCGAAAAAGUCGUGCAAAACUGUAAAGGAUGGUAUCAGUUUGAUGGCUAUCUAAGUGUUUGCGGUCGUGGUGCUGUCCUGGGUGUUUUCGCGGCGCGUACAUAUGUUGUCUGUAGCCAAAGCAAGCCCGUUCUCGCGAUCAUGGGCUUUUUGUGGAUAUCCGUUGUCGCACUAGACUUUUGGCAUACUACCGGAGACAAAUGCUCAGGAGCGACAGAUCCAGACAUGACUAUCGCCAAUACUGCUUUAUCAAUCAGUAUUUGCGUGUUCGAGUCUAUCGGUACAGUCAUCACAGCCAUACGCUGCGUUCAAGCACGACGGGAGGUUUUGAAGAGUAAAAAAUUAUUUCUACAAGAUAGCAAUAUCUUUGUUUUUCUGCUGCGUGAAGGGUUUAUUUACUUCUUUGGCGUCUUCGGGUUUACGCUUGCUGCAGUGGUUUUGAACUUUGCAGCACCCGCCGGCUUCAAGGGAAAACUCAUAAACGCUUUGGUGCUGCCAGUCUCUGGAAUCCUUUCUGCGCGACUCCUACUUUACCUGCGUCAGAACAAACACCAUCGCGAUCUGGCGAUGCGAGGUAGCCAAAAUCGCACACUCACGCGAGCCGAUGGUGAAGAUAUCGGCGCGCUGGAUGCGUUCCAUGCAGCGACAAUGGCAGGCUCGGACUUUACCAGAAGCGUGUUUGUUUCGUCGAAUCCAGAUGCAUACGGGGAAGGCGAGUUCGGUGGAGAUCCCGUCGCUGGCGUGCGCGAGGAGCUGACGGGUGGUGCCAAUGGGGGCAUUGAGGAGCGCAAGGAGUUCAAGGGAUCUUCCCAAGGCAGCUCGUGGGAUGAUGGCGAUCAGCUGAGAAUUUCCGCUGAGCCCCGACAAAGGCAGGACGCAGCGGUGGGUCAGUCAGUCAUACGUCCAUGAGCCCGUGCCUCAGCUCGGCGGCAGCAUUGAACGGUGGAAGGAUUUGUUAUGAAGAGAGGAAAAGCAGCGAUGUAGGCUAACUUCAGUUCACUUUCAAUACUGUAAUAGAUAGGAAGUAGAAGGUAUAUUAAUUCGUGUAUUU